UGGCUGUCCUGGAGACUGCGCACACAGCCAGAGCUGGAGAACUGCGGCUGGAUCGCUGGCGGAGAGGGUUGCGGGUGCUGUCGGGUCCUGCACCGCAGCCUGUAGCAGCCAGGAUUUGCUUUUUGCUUGCUGUGGAUUGAGGUACCCAUGAUGGAGUUACCCGAAAAGGAGAAAAGCUGUUCCGGGUGAGUCCAGGCCGCCCCGGAAACGCGAUGGCCGAGGAGCGGGCACCAAGGACCAGAUUGAGAUCGUGUUUCAAACCAAGAUACUGGAUUCUCAUAGCUCAGAUAAAGUGCUCUGACUAUGUAACAGUGAAAAUGGCAUAAUCUGCAUUCACAUCACACAAGUUGAAGACAUGACAGUUCAGGAGCACACAUGGACUUGUGGCACCGGGAAAUGCGUACACAGAAAAAGGGACUCUAUAAUUCUCUAAAGAUAGAAAGGCAUUCUUCCUCACCAAAAUGGGCUCGUUUUGCUCAGUUAUCAAGUUUGAAAACCUCCAAGAAUUAAAGAGACUGUGUCACUGGGGUCCCAUUAUAGCCCUUGGUGUUAUAGCAAUAUGUUCGAUGAUGGCCAUGAUUGACUCUGUGUUGUGGUAUUGGCCUUUACAUACCACUGGAGGAAGCGUGAAUUUCAUCAUGUUGAUAAAUUGGACUGUCAUGAUUCUCUAUAAUUACUUCAAUGCUAUGUUUGUGGGUCCUGGCUUUGUCCCUCUGGGGUGGAAACCGGAGAAUUCUCAGGAUUGCAUGUACCUCCAGUAUUGUCAAGUCUGCCAGGCGUACAAAGCACCGCGGUCACACCACUGCCGAAAGUGUAACAGGUUCUGUCUCUCUGCCAUUCAUCGGGGACUGAUCAACUUGAUGACUUUUGUUCCUUCUGCUAUAUCAAUCCUAGUGUUAUUCUCUGCAAGGUGUGUGAUGAAGAUGGACCAUCACUGUCCUUGGAUCAACAACUGCUGUGGUUACCAAAACCAUGCGUCAUUCACACUGUUUCUGCUUUUAGCACCAUUGGGUUGUAUUCAUGCUGCCUUCAUUUUUGUUAUGACAAUGUAUACACAGCUUUAUAACCGGCUCUCCUUUGGGUGGAACACGGUAAAGAUUAAUAUGAGUGCAGCCCGGAGAGAUCCUGUUCCAGUUAUUCCAUUUGGAUUAGCUGCAUUUGCUGCCACCUUGUUUGCCUUGGGAUUAGCUUUAGGAACAACCAUAGCCGUUGGGAUGUUGUUUUUUAUCCAGAUGAAAAUAAUUCUCAGAAACCAAACUUCUAUUGAAUCAUGGAUUGAAGAAAAGGCUAAAGAUCGAAUUCAGUAUUAUCAACUAGAUAAAGCCUUUGUUUUUCCUUAUGAUAUGGGAAGUCGAUGGAAGAACUUUAAACAGGUGUUUACCUGGUCAGGGGUCCCAGAAGGAGACGGACUGGAGUGGCCAGUGAGAGAAGGCUGUCACCAGUAUAGCUUAACAAUAGAACAGUUGAAACAAAAAGCAGAUAAAAGAGUAAGAAGUGUUCGGUAUAAAGUAAUAGAAGAUUACAGUGGUGCCUGCUGUCCUUUGAAUAAAGGACUCAAAACAUUCUUCACGAGCCCCUGCACUGAAGAGCCUCGAAUCAGGCUGCAGAAAGGAGAGUUCAUUUUAGCCACAAGAGGGUUUCGAUACUGGUUGUAUGGAGACAAAAUUCUUGAUGAUUCCUUUAUAGAAGGUGUUUCAAGAAUAAGAGGAUGGUUUCCUAGAAACUGCGUGGAAAGGUGUCCCUGUGAUGCUGAGACAGAUCAAGCCCCAGAGGGCGAGAAGAAAAAUAGAUAGCCACUAUUAAAAUACAAUUAUUCUUUGAGUUUGCUCCAUUACUUGAAAAUUGUACACAUUACUAAAGAAUUAUGCAAUGAGCCUACUCUGGUUAAGGUGUUCUUUUCCUCGCAGGUGCCCUAGUGCCAUGAUCUAAAUAUUUUUAUGACCAUUUUGAAAUGGAGAAGCCAUUUUGACCAUGCCUUUGAACUCCUGCCCCUCUUUGCCACCUCUUUCUCUCCCCAAAAGGAAAGAUACUUCACCCAAGUCAGUCAGUUGCGUUUUCUGGAGGACUUUUUGUGCGU